AUGACCCCGCCAACGUCGCUGCUACCCCUCCUCGCGCUGGCCGUCGCCGGCGCCGCGGCCCGGCCGCAAGAAGACGGCGGCUCCAACGCCGUGACUAGCACGAGCGGCAAGGUCUGGGCGGCCGUCGCCUUUGUCAACCACGGGGAGACGACGCCGUUCCUGCUCAGCUCGCACCCAGUCCUGACACCUGCCGGCGCCCAGCAGCUGUACCGGCAGGGCCAGGCCUUUCGCCGGCGCUACCUCUCCGCCGCCGCCGGCAACGCGACGACGACCGGCGCCGCGCCGAUCCGGGGCCUCGGGCAAAACGCAAUUGACAACACGCAGCUGCGCGUCCUCUCGCAGAGGGACGAGUGGGUGGCCGGCGGCGCCGUCGCCUUCAUGCAGGCGCUGUACCCGCCCGACCGCACAGCCUUCAACGCCGCGGCCGGCGGCCAGGCGCUGGCCGAGAACUACGUCGCCGGAAACACGACCAGCUAUCCCCUCGACGGCUACCAGUAUCCGCAGAUCGAGACGCUUCCCAGCACGGACAUCAACUCCAUCGGCAUCCAAGGCCAUCUCAGCUGUCCCAACUGGCAGGCCGCCUCCACGACCAACCUGACCACCAACCCGACCCUCAGGGCCGCCGCCCAGCAGAGCGCCUCCUUCUACACCCAGCUCCUCUCCUCCGCGCCGCUGCGCGGCCUUCUCCCCACCGACGACGCCAACCUCUUCAACGCGUACGACAUCCACAACCUCGUGCGCUACGAGCGCGCACACAACAAGACCGUCUUCGACGCCCUUCCCAACGCCGAGGCCACGCUCGCGCGCCUCGCCGCCGACGCUUUCACAGUCGCGCGCGCCAAGACUGACCCGGGCUCCAGCACCGCCAACGACACCGCCAGCGUCACCCUGACCGUCGCCGGGCGCACCCUCGCGCGGCUCGUCGCCGACCAACUGAACCAGACCGCCGUCGCCACCGCCGUGCCGCUGACGCUGCUCUUCGGGUCCUUCCAGCCGCUCAUGUCGCUCUUCUCCGUGACCGGCCUGCUGACGCGCGACAACGUGCUCAGCACCGCCCUCGGCAACGUCACCGCGCCCGGCGCCGCCGCCGUCUUCGAGCUCGUCUCGGAAAACUCCGGUGGUGGUACGUUGCCGAAGCCGGAGGACCUGAGCGUGCGCUUCGUCUACCGCCCCACGGCCGACGCAAACGACACGUUCCAGGUGUUCUCGCUGUUCGGCUCGGGGAACGGCGGGCGGACCAUCCCGUACCUCGCCUUCCGGGACAAGAUGGCCGCCAUCGGCAGGGACGCGGCGGCGUGGUGCGCCAUCUGCCAGCCCGACGCCGCCACAGCCACGUGGUGCCGGAGUCUCGACGCCGCGUCGAGCAGCGGCCGCUCACAGAUUAGCCCGGCCGUCGCGGGCGUAAUUGGCGCGCUCGUCAUGGGCGCGCUGGUCGCGCUGGUCGUGUUUGCACUCUGCGCCCUCGGCGGGUUCCGCCUGCGUCGGCGGGGUGCUGCGGGCGGCGGCGGCGGCGGCGCGGAGAAGCGCGCGGGCGACAGGGACGUGCGGUACGGGAGCGAGGGGGAUGCGCAGGAGCGCGUCGGGAGCUGGGAGAUGCGAGGUCAGCCGGAAGGACAGGGCCGGGCGGCGGCGCGGGCGGCGGAGCAGCAGAGGAAUCCGUUUGAUGAUGACGCGAUAAGCGACGUGGAUGGUGCUGCUCCGGUGCGAGCGCGCGAGGGUUUCUAA